AUGUCUGAUUCCAAAGUGAAUGAGUUGAAGAGUGACGUUGAUGAAUUAAAAGACCUGCUAAAGCAGGCAAAACGUAAGAAGGUCCAAGACCUUCUAAGUCUAGAGAUUCGUAAACUAGAAACAGAAGUAAUUGCUCUCAAAGAGAGUUCUAAAGAUGCUGCGCCUAUGGAAGCAGCAUCAGUUCCAACAACAUCGGCUUCAAGUGCUCCUGCACCAAAGAAACGUUACCAAGUCAAAAUAAAUGGAUAUGGUUGGGAUCAAAAUGACAAAUUUAUAAAAGUGUUUGUCACUUUGAAAAAUGUCGAGACUGUGCCAAAGGAAAAUGUAUACUGCAAGUUAACCAACAAAUCUAUGGAAUUACACAUUGACAAUCUGGAUAACAAAGACCACAUCUUGAUCAUAAACAAGUUACUUCACAAUAUCAAUGUCGAGGAUAGCUACUGGAAACAGAAAAAUGACACUGUUAUUGUAUAUUUGGCAAAAGAUAUGCAAUGUGUGAAGUGGUCGCACAUGACAGAAAUUGAGAAGAAAUUUGAUGACCAACGCAGCAACCGAUUCAAAACAGACGAUAAGGAUAAUGUAGACCCACAGGAAUCAAUCAUGAGUCUUAUGAAGAACAUGUAUGAAUCUGGUGAUGAUGAUAUGAAGCGAAUGAUCUCGAAGGCCUGGUAUGAAGGACAACAAAAGAAAAAGUUGGAUACUUUGGAUCUCUAA